AUGAAUCGACUCCGUCAUUAUCCGUCUUUGAUCGAAAACUUGCCGCCGACGUGGGACUCGUUCAAAGGUCAUCUAGCGACUGACCCUGUUUCUGUCGAGGACAGUCAGGCAAACAUCGCGCUGAACCUCAAGAAACUUAACGCUAUCUCCAAUGUGACGAAGAAGAAGCAGGCUUACUCCCCAUACUUGCUGAUCUCCCAGCUGCCGUCGACUGUCAUGCCGGACGAUAUCAGGAGAUUGGCGGACUCGAAGGACAGCAUCAAGGACAUUAUCUUUCACCGGAACCAAUUCAUGGAGUUCCAGAACAAGGUCACGGUUGUUUUCCGAUCCGCAACUGACGCUGUCGACUUUAUUACUCAAAAGUAUGGAAAGUUCGUGGGUGGCCACAAACUCAACAUGACCAUGCUCGACCCAUACAACCCAAGGGACAAGCGCUCGAUUCCACCCAACCUUCGAUCAGAGCCAUUCUCAGGGCAUUUGGUACUCAUUUCAGGACUUCCUGCGGCCUCCCGGCCGGACCACCUGAGGACCGAGUUCCGUCGGUUCCAACUCAUGGACACAACUGAGGCCGCUAUCAUUCCAGUACCAUCAAAGCGGAUGUCCUCUUCGUGCCAAUACUUGAUCCGUCUCUCGAGUCGAUCUGAAGCGUUCCGGUUUGUCAGAACAUACCACAAUACCUUCUUCCAGUUCAAGGAGUUCCGGAAGCGAUGCCCCAUUCGGACAACCAUUAUUUACUGA